AUGUCAAACAAUGCAUUAAUAAAGCUCAAGUUUCAUUCUGCCAGCAAGACUCUGGAUGCAGAUUACUGGCUGGACAACUUUUUCACAGAAAAUGCCAGCUUGCAAUAUGCCAACAGCCCCGUCAUAUCUGGGCCAAGCGUCCGGCAGAUGUUUCAAGAAGUGUUCAAAAAGCUUGAUUUGAUGACACACGAGGUACUAUAUUUCGAUUUCAUUGGAGAUCGGAUAUACCAAGCAGCUAAGAUUAGAUACCUCGUGAAGGGAGACAGCCCCGACGAAGAUUUGAUUGAAAUUCCUGGGUUCGCGGUAUUCAAUGUGGAACAUGGGGAAGAUGAGAAACUCCGAUGCUACAAGGCCGAAAUCUUCUUGGAUCCUUCUCCAGUCUUCCACCGAAUUGCGGAAAAGGGCCUAUAA